AUGUGGCUCAUCACGGUUAUCGGAACCGUACACGGCCAGCAAGAGUACACCUUUGCGCUCGAGCACGGCCGGACGUACACGCUUGGACGCGAAGCGACCAGCGACAUUGUCCUCAAUGACAACCACAUGCGUAUGAAAGAAGGUGUGCUCGAACUCACCCAGCAGCACGCGACCCCGCCUUCCCUAGCGUACAAGUCGGCCCCGAAGAAGAACGGCACCUUCCACGACGCGAUCGUCGCCUCGUUGCUCAACGAAAACGCCGAGUCGACAAGCAAGGACGACUAUGCGUUUGCCACCCACGCUAGCGAAGGUGUUGUCGAGCUCGAGAGCGCCAAGGGUGUCCAGAUUAACAAGUACUCUUGGUUCACUGCCUACUGGAAACCCCUCUACUAUGCCUUUGAGACACGCUUCACGGACGACGAUCUGGCCAUGAUUGACAGCUUGAAGCGCUACUGUGAGCUGCCUCCCCCGCUGCUCAAGCUGACACCCCCAGGCGUGUCCUACACCUCUACCGAGUUUCCCCGCGACAACCUCCCCAAUGUGGUCGUCACCCCCUCCUACCGUGGCUCCAUUAGCUGCUACCAUGCGAUCGUCUUUGGUAUUCCCAUGGUGUCGCUCGAGUGGCUCACCAUGCUCAACGCUCGUCUGCGCAGGUGCUGGAAGAAAGUCGCCGACUCGGAGGACAGCUUCUCGGUCCCCGACGUCGACGACCCAGACUACCGUCCCACGUUUGACCCGACCGCCUUCAAGGGCGUUCAGACAAAGCCCGAAUUCUGGUACCCUCCCCGCCCCGAGAACCACGUCAUGUUUGCCGAUUAUAGCGUUGUCGUCCUCAGGACCAAGAAGAGUUUUGUGAAAGAGAUGAACCUGUUCCGGGCCAUGGGCGCAAGCUGUUCCGAAAUCAACUUGUUCAACCCGCUGCUGGAGUCGGUCGCCGACUUGAUGGCUCGCAUGGUGCCAUUCGAGAGAGCCGCGGCCGAGAGUAACAGACUCCUAAUUGUCGUCUACUAUCCGUCGUCCAAGCCGGAACUCGUCGAACGGGGCGUCGACUUUGACGCUGUCGUUACGGUACCUCUCAAGGCGAAGGGUAUCCCCAUCGUACAGGGCAGUGUCAUGUGGGGCUCUGUUUAUGAAGGAAGCGUCAACGCGUACUUUCGCAACGUAUAUGCGCUUCAGCCUUCUGCGCCAGAGCCCACUCCUGCAGAGCCCAUACCUGCAGAGCCCACUCCUGCAGAGGCCGCUGCUGCAGAGCCUCCGCGCCGCUUAACCCGUCGCGCUACGUCUCGCCAGGCAUCGGCGGCCCCAUCGCGUGCACCCUCCCCCACUCCACCCGACGUCGUCCCUUCCACGUAUGUGGAUGACAGUGCUCCCAAGACCGCGACUCCAGCUCAAACAGAGGUCCCAGCGCCUACCCCAGCGGCGUCUACCUCGAGAAAGCCCUUGAAGCGCCGCGCUGGCCGCGAUGCCCCCAAGCUUGACCUGGACGACGACUUGAUGGGUGCACCGUCGACUCAGAUCUCCUCGUUGCAGCCUUCGCGUGUCCCCGAGACGCAGCUGCCCAGCAGCCUCCCUUCUGCCUCUGUGGUGCCCGAUUCCAUGGACGUUGACACACCGCCCACAUCCCUCCAGCCAUCUGCUCCGCCCGCGAGGUCGUCUCGCCUUCUCAAGCGUCGUGCAGGUGCCACUCAGUCGACGUUCCUUGACGGUGUCGACACGACGAUCAACUAUCAGGAAAAGCUCGAGAGGGAGGAAAAGGACACACAAAACCGGCAGCUUUAUGAAGAGCUCCGCCGCGGCACGACCAGCACUCAAAGCGUCGUCCAAAACCCCCCUGUACAGAAGCGUCGCCGUCUCGAGCCUGUCGAAGAGUCGGCCCCCGCCGAGGCAAUUGAGGUGGACGAGGACGAUUUCGUGACCAAGGCUCUGCGCAGUGCCCGUGUCAAGCGCGAAAAAGUGUCUCCCGUCAAGAAGCGCACGGUUCCGCCCCCUGUUGAAGAGGAAGAGCAGGAGGAAGUGGAGGAGCAAAUCGAGGAGCCCGUCAAGCCCAAACGUGGCAGGCAGGUGGCCGCCACCAAGUCGACGUCUGGCAGCAAGUCGCCCGUCAAGAAGCCCGUCACCGGUGCCAAGGCGCGUGAAGUCGACAAGGACGAGCGUUUCCUCCAGGUCAUUGCCAAGGCGCGCGGCAAAAAGGGCAUUGACGAGCUCGACAAGGAGUUUAACGAGCUCCGCAUUCUCAAGCCUGCUAAGGGCAAUCGUCGGUGGGAGGCGCCCGACUAUACCAUCCUCGACGACUUUGACGAGAUGACGCGCGGCAACUUUAUCACCAUUGUCAAAACGGACCUGUUCCGCAAGGACCCGCCCAAGGUCGCCGCCGUGGCCGACGACGGCAGGCCCAACUACAAAAAGUUUAAAAAGAAGGACGUUGUGCGUCGCGCGCCCAUGCACCUUGUGCUGGCUGCUCCGACCGCACAGGCCGAGAUGGGCGAGCCGUACUGGGCCCACGAAGCGACACAGAGGCACAAGACUCAAGGUUCGCAGGGGUCCAUGCUGCCACCAACCAUCGGCGACGAGUUUGACGCGCCGACCGUGCCCAAAAAGCCUCAGCGUCAGCGCCGUCUUCUCUCCCAGAUUGCCGAGCACGAUGACGACGACGACGGCGAGGACAUUAUCUUGCCGUCCGCGGCGCGUCGCCUCAACCGUACCCAGUUUACCCAGAGCGAGGUCCCGCCACGCAGCGUCCGCAGCAGCCGUGCAGGCAGCGCCAUGUCCGACGCGUCCAGUACAACCGCCAGCGCCGCUGCGCCGCCGCCCAGCACGCGGCCCCAGCGCGCCAAACGCACCACAAAGCAGAUUGUCGUCGACGAUGAUUCCGACGACGAGGUCUUGUUCACGGGCACGUCGUCGUCGCGCAGCACCCGCCCGCGCGGUAGCGCUGCUGCAGGCCCCAGCGCCAAGUCGAGCACGCUGGCGGAUGAGCCACCCGCCACACGCGCGACGAGCACGCGCUCGACGCAGCGCACCACGCAGGCGCCCACGCGGCGCAAGUUGCUGGUGAACAAUGAUGAUGACGACGACGACGACGACGACGCGCUAUUCUUGGGCGUGCAGAAGAGGCGCAAGGUGGGAUAG